GACACACACACAUUCGGCCCAGAAAAUGGUGGACCGCGAACAACUGGUGCAGAAAGCCCGGCUGGCCGAGCAGGCGGAGCGGUAUGAUGAUAUGGCCGCUGCCAUGAAAUCGGUCACAGAGCUGAACGAAGCACUGUCCAACGAGGAGAGGAACCUCCUCUCCGUGGCCUACAAGAAUGUGGUCGGGGCGAGGCGCUCGUCCUGGCGGGUCAUCUCCAGCAUCGAGCAGAAGACUUCGGCCGACGGCAACGAGAAGAAGAUCGAGAUGGUGCGAGCGUACCGGGAAAAGAUCGAGAAGGAGCUGGAGGCCGUCUGCCAGGACGUGCUCAACCUCCUCGACAACUUCCUCAUCAAGAAUUGUAACGAGACGCAGCACGAGAGCAAGGUGUUCUACCUGAAGAUGAAGGGCGACUACUACCGCUACCUGGCCGAGGUGGCCACGGGGGAGAAGAGGGCUUCCGUGGUGGAGUCCUCUGAGAAGUCGUACAGCGAGGCCCACGAGAUCAGCAAGGAGCACAUGCAGCCCACCCACCCCAUCCGCCUGGGCCUGGCUCUCAACUACUCCGUCUUCUACUACGAGAUCCAGAACGCCCCCGAGCAGGCGUGCCACCUGGCAAAGACCGCCUUCGACGACGCCAUUGCCGAGCUGGACACCCUCAACGAGGACUCCUACAAAGACUCCACUCUCAUCAUGCAGCUGCUACGAGACAACUUGACGCUGUGGACGAGCGACCAGCAGGACGACGAGGGAGGCGAGGGCAACAACUAAAAGAGUCGGACACCUCCAUUUUGUUUUUGUUUUUUUGCCAAAACAAAACACGACACGCGCGCUCACAAAUGACAACAAAAAAUAAUAAUUGUUUAAAAAGUUCUUAAUUUAAAAAAUAAAAUUAAAUAAAAUAAAAAAGGGAGGGUUGGGCGGGGGGUGGAACAUCGGCGUCCACUUUAGCCAAUGGUACCGAUGCGGCUGCUCUUUAUUUUUCCACAGAUUAAAAGUGAAAACAAAGGUAGAAGGGAAGACAUGUUUAUUUGAGAAAUAAGCUAUGACUAAAAAAAAAAAAARAAAAAAAAAAAAAAAACACUGGAAUGAAACCCCCUCCUUGAUGGCCUCUGCAGCGUUUGCCAAAACUCGACUUUAGAAGUAAGGCAUAUGUCACUCAUCAUGGUUCGAUUGUUAGGGAUGCGGUGCUUUCACAACAGGCAGACUGCUCUCGUGGCGUAAAUGAGGCGGAGCUGUCUAGACGUAUUCAGCGAGAGGCGGAGCGUUCAGAAAUUCUGUUUCGAUGCUCGAUCGGCCAGCAAAAUAACCUUGAACGUCGAGGCCUCGCUUAGCGAGACUGAAAGUGAAGAUGACGACGAGCUCGUGGGUGGGGGGAGGGGUGUCGCUGCAUGACUUCGAACAUACAGACAUCUUUAGGUUGCGCCGCACCCACGAUCGCUGAGUGAGCAGGUUGUGUCUGCGGUUGACGAUUAAAAAAAAAAGUAUUUGUUUGCUUUGUGUCAGGUAUGUGUCGGACAGUCACACUGUAAUUUAAACUGCAAACUCACAGUAAACUUAGUGCAGCUCGUCCCCCUCAUGUGCUGAUGUGCUUUCUUAAAUAAAUUAACUGUUUUUGGACACCUAAUUCUUAUCGUCAAUAUCGUCUUUACUGUAACAUCUAUUGGCUUUGUAUGUUUGUGGGGAACAGUUUGAUUCCAUAUAAGCAAAUUUAAUCUUAAAGAACACUGAAAAACGCUACCGAUCAGAGGGAUCUGUGAAACCUGGGUGAGAAUUUGUGAACAAAGCACUUGAAUUGUUGAAGUGGACGCUGUGCGAGCAGAUUUCUGAGGUUCGUGACUUUUGUUUUCUGUUUCUUCUCAGUCAAGAAAAUGCACUUGCCUUCUAUACUGUCUCAGUGUACGAUGAUAACUGCUCCAAUUAUCUCCAUAAUACAAUAUUGUGCAUGCUGGUGAUGUAUUUAUACAGUAGCUUCAAUUUAUUAACUUAUACUGUAGAUGUUAUGUAUUCAUAUGAACAUGGAAUUAUUAGACCUUUAAUCCGAUUAUUUUCUAUUUAUUUCUUUCUCUUGCUAUUGUUACCUAGACCUUUUAAUCUGUGUUUUCUUUACUCCAUUCGCUAAAGUACGCUAUACCAAAACAGUGAUUGUUAACAAUAAAUCGAUCUGAUAUGGACAUCGCUAUGUGACAUGCCUUUCUUGGUGAAGGGGAUUAAAAGUGAGGAUUGGCUUCA